CAGACACAGUCAUCAGAUCUCUGCAGCACGCUGGGUGCCGGCUACCAUUGGCUAAGAUGCAUUGAAAGAAAUACCCAGACAAAAAGGUUGUUAAACUUGGCAACUCGUCCGUUUAGAUAUGCCCAUAGCAGACCUGCUGGGUGUCCAGUUUGACAUUCACCUGCUGGGGAGGCUGACGUGUUCGUUGGCCGCUGUGCUGCUCAUCUCCUGUGUAUACAGAUUUUACAGCCCCAUGGGUACAGGCCUCCUUCAGACGGGCCCACUGAAGCACCCAAUGGAAUCUGUCGGAACUGCAAGAUGGAACUGCGGCCUCAAAGCACAGCCAAACAUGACUCCAGAAACAAUGGGGACAAACAGCCUGGCCACUCACAGAUUAGCCCUGUGAGGGAUGACCUGACACCUGACAACACCAAUACAGAAACAGGGGAAGGAGAAUUGCCCCAGCCUAAAGAUGUUUGCCAGCUCGCAAACACUGAAGAAAUGGUUACGCCGCAGGAUGGAUCAAAUGUAGAAGACAACAGCUUGGAGUUGGAGGGAGAAGUCCCUGCUGUGUUUGUUGAGGAGGCUGAGAUAGAUAUCCCCAUGUUAGUUGAAGAGGCUGAGAUUAAGAUCAGAUAUUGCAAGUUUGGAUCCACCUUGAAACUCCCUUAUCCUAAUAACAGUGGUCUGGCCAGCACAUCGGGCAAUCUGUCCCCUUCCUUUCUGCAGAGGCUGGAGGGCAGUGUGGGGGUGGGUGUGGGCAGGGAACUGAGGCAAGACCUGGGGCUGCAUGGGGCCUACUCCGCCUUCCUCUCAAAGGCAGAGAUCACAGUGGAGGAUGCCAACCUCGUGAUGGAGGGACCUGAGAAGCAGAGUGUUGUGCGAGGAAAGAUUUAUGAAUACUACUAUGCGGAAUGUUCCUCGCACUCCACCACAGACUCCAUAUUAGGUCUGUUUGAGGGGAAUUCACUGGACUCACAGUCGGUGGAGUUUGGAAGAUGUGGCAGCAGCCUCACUGAGCCUCCCCACUCUCGGGCCUCUUCAUCAGGGGAUCCCAGCCCUGUCAGCCCACUCAGUCCUACCACAGACACCAGGCACCCCAGUGCAUGGGAGGAGCACAUCCUAGAAACCAUAGCUGGGGCCAAAUGUAUAAAUCUGCCUCCAGAGAACAUGGGCAGCUCAGAGAUCUUUAAGGCCAAGUUUGAUUUGGGCAACUGCGUGGAGGUGGAGCUGUCUAAGAAGCAUGGGCAGGCCCCUCUGCAGCAGUCAGCUCUUAGAGUGAUGUCUGACAACUACCUCCAGAUCCUCAGGGAUCCAGGUCUGUAUGGGAGGCUGAGAGCAGGUGAUCAGGAUGAGAUCCAGAAACAGCGUAUGAGAGGAAGGCAGUUCCUAAUGGCAGGCAACAUGGGCCCUCAGGACUGGGUGGGGAGUAGUCCUCAAGGGACAAAAAGGGAGCAGGGAGUCACCACCAUACCAUGUAGUGGUCUCUACUAUUAUGAUGAUUAUAAAGACAGCUGGCACCCACUGUGUCCCAUCCCUCAGGAAGUCAUCUCCAAAGGCUGUGCCAUGUGCACUAUGGACAACUACUUAUUUGUAGCAGUGGGGGGCUGCCAGCAGGGUACAGAUAGAGAGAUGAAGCCUUCCAAGAGAGUGUUCUGCUACAACCCCGUAACAUCAAUUUGGAAAGAGAUCAGUCCUAUGAACGAGUCCAGGCCCCACUGCAAACUGGCAGCCCUGCAGGGCUACAUCUAUGCAAUCGGAGGGGAGUGUCUGUCUACCGUAGAGCGCUAUGACCCCCGCUCUGACAGAUGGACUUUUGUGGCCCCACUGCCCAAUGAUACAUUUGCUGUGGCCCAUCAUGUCACAGUGUGCAACAGGAAGCUCUUUGUUCUAGGAGGAACACUGAGAUACACACUGUUGCGCUACAACCCAAAUAUCAACGUGUGGAGGAAAAGCUCAAUAACGGGCAGCAAAGAGAGAACCACUGAGAUAGUGGGAGUGAGGAACUUCCUAUAUCGCUUUGAUGUCAGCCCGCAGCUAGGCAUCAGUGUGUACCGCUAUCACACUGUGGCACGACUAUGUUACGAGUGCUGCACCAAACGCCUUGACCAAUGCCUCGCCUUCCAGUGUGUCGCCUUGGACGACACCAUCUACUGCAUGAGCCACCAGCUCACCAUGAGCUUCCUGGCUGAAGAGAUCUCUCCAAGAUUUGUUGCAGAUGAUUUGAGUGUCCUCUCUGGAGCCAAGGGCAUCCUUUUCCCGUUUCUCCUCUCACUUCCUGAUACGAAGGCUCACCAGACCAGUGUGUAACCUGGAAUGCUUCUCCUCAGCACAGACAAGGACAGAGCAGUGAGGGAGUAUCUAAUUUACUUGUGCACCAAGGCCAUUUUUCAGAGCUGAGUGUAUCCUACUGAGAAGCACAGCUGUCUUAAUCAGAGGCAAUGAAAGUAAAAUAUUAACAUCAUUAAUGGUAAUUCGAUUACUGCUUGUUUAGAUUUAUUUAGGGUACACUGCCAUAGAAAUUAUAUGUAUUGUGAAGGUGUUUUGUUCUUUUCAUUUUCCUCCUGCCUUGCACUACAUUACUCCUAAAUCAUGCAAGAUGUGCACUUUCUCCCCUGUAAUAAUUCAUAAAAAAAUCUUAAGUUAAUUCACUCUAGCCAUAAUGCUUUGGAGCAGUGGGGUAAUAUAGUAAUAAUCCAUCACAGUUGGUUACUAUAUAGGGAACAAAUAUUACUCACACAGGGACUGGACUCAAUACAAUUACCCACAUGUGAUCUAUAAAUAUGACAUGAUGUAAAAGGUUGUGACUUACAGCAUAAUGUAUGUGAGCUUCAAUAAACAAAAGUAAUUGCUCAUUUUGAAUCUCCUCCAAGAUUGGGGCAUAGUAUACGCCUGAUUCCUGCUGUUGUUUUCAACAUUGUUGAUAUAAGGAUAGCACUGAACCAUGUUCAGUUAUUCAUGUACCAAAAUAACGAAUGACUGUAAUGAAAGUACACAUAUUUAUCCUUACAUUUGUACAGUAUUAAUCAACAGAAGAAAGAAAUAUGCAGAUUUCAUUGAAGGUUACUUAUCUAAGCAGUCAUACAACUCUGUUGAAAAAAAAACCUGUAAGCAUUUUGUGCAACAAUGUGCUAGCUAUUAUGUCAUGUGGUUAAACAUUGUUAAAAUUAAAUUCAUUUUCCUUCCAAACAGUGACAGAUUUCCAAUGAUAAGUCAUCAACAAUCUAACAAACAGAGCUCUGCUGUGUGAUGUGUCGUUUCUGACAGCAGACUUCAUUAAUGCAUUUGUA